GAUUGACGUGAUUGACGUCCAAUCAGAGAGGCGGAUCGCUCGAGGUUAGGGAAGCAGCGGCAGAUAAUGGCGGAAGCUGCAGGCUUCUGAAAGUAGCUCCUGAAGACUGGACAGCACCGUCUGCUGAUGCCCCCCACAAGUAGCGGUCAUGCAGAGGGGGGUCCCUGGAAAGGUGGAGGGUGAUGAGCAGAGGGGCAGCUCACAGAUCCCCUUGCCAUCUACUUCUCAAUCCCCCCUCCCUGUUUUCAUAUUCCCUCCAUCCCUGGAAUUCUACGCCGAUGACCAAGCUAGCCACAAGCAGGUCCUCACCCUCUACAAUCCAUUCCCAUGCGUGCUACGGUACAAAGUGCUCUCCACGGCCCCAUUGCAUUAUACUGUGGUUGAUACAGAAGGUCUGGUGAAGCCGAACUCCUGCAUUGACAUCGUUAUUCGGCACCGAGAUGUCCGUGUACGGCACUAUGGGACCACUGAUAAAUUCCGGGUAGAAGUUUGGGAAGAGGGGAGCCACAAAGGAGCUGCUGGCAAGAAGGAAAUAACUGCAACACUACAUCCAACCAAACCUGAGAACAGAGAGAGGGGAUCACCGGAACCACUGCAGUGGCACCCACCCUCACACAUGUUCUCUGUGAGGCAUGAUGCCGUCUUACUAUACAGGUUUCCCACGGCCACUCUCUCCUGGUCUCUUCACUCUCUAUGUCCUGAUGGGGAUGACAUCACUGGUGGUUCUCAUGCUCCCAUUACACGGAGACCCCCGCACCCUCCUGCACGAGCAUCUCCAUGUGUCAGUCAUCCAGAAACUGGUUGCUGCCUACGUGCUAGGUCUUCUCACCAUGGUUUUCCUGCAGGGGUGAGCAGACGCACAGGAUGCUGUACUCUCUCCUGAUCAGCACUUUGCAUUGGAUAAUUCGCAGAGGGAGGGGGCACAAACUGAUAGGUUUGUCUUUCAAGGAACCGGCUGUAAAUAAACCAUGUGGCAAUGUCUGUGUUGUGUGUAUAUGUAAAAUAAUUCUAUCCAGCAUAUAAUAUGUAUAAACAAUUAAUUAUGGUUUAGCAGUCUGUUUAUACACACUCAUCACAUGGUGUGUGCUAUAUAGAAUGUGCACACACCCAUGGUGGAGGCAGACAGGAAUAAAUGCUAAACAAUGUAACUUUUUCUUUUUAAUAAAAAUGAAUGGGACCAGCAAAA